AUGGAACUCUCGCUUGUAAUCGUGAUUUUAGUAUCUUUAGCUGCUCCAGCCAUUUCUGGAUAUCCUCUUGCAGUAAUAAAACCAUGGUGCGCCCAAACUCUUCACCCAGAGCUGUGUGAGCAUUUCUUCACCCGCACCUCAAAAUUUGGCGAUAAUCCAGUCCAUAACAAGUCUGAAUUUCUUAGUAUGUCUCUCCAAAUUAUUCUUGAUCGUGCCAUCAAUGCAACAGAAAAUGCUAUAAGAUUGGAACCAAAAUGUCGAGACAAAAGAGAGAAGGCUGCGUGGAGGGAUUGUGUAAAUUUUUAUAAAGAAACACUUAAUGUGCUCAACAAAAUGGGUGACCCCAAAAGAUUCACUCCAUCUAACGCACAAAAAUGGCUCAGUACAACUCUGACCAAUCUUCAAACUUGCGAACAAGGAUUUCUUGACUUUAAUAUCACAUUGAUGCCUUCGAUUUUAGACGUUGUAUUAAAGAAUUUGACUAUCAAUGCCUUAGCUUUGAAUUCUGGGGCAUGUGGUGAUCAUAAUAACAGUUGGAAUAAUUAUGAUCAGCAUGGAUUUCCGACUUGGAUAACAACUAGUGAGCGAAGGCUAUUGCAAUCUUGGAAUCCGACUGGUUGGGCUAAUUUGGUGGUUGCAAAAGACGGAUCGGGGGAUUAUACAACAGUGCAAGAUGCAAUCAAUGCAGCAUCGCAGAGACCUGAGACAGACAGGUUUGUAAUUUAUGUGAAGGCUGGCAUAUACAAAGAGUAUCUACAAAUUGAAUCAAGUAAUAUUUUCAUGGUGGGAGAUGGCAUUGGACAGACGAUUAUCACAGGAAACAGGUUUAACGGCGAUCAAGAUGGCACCAUUACUACAGCAACGUCAGCCACAGUUACUGUUAAAGGGGAACGUUUUGUUGCCCGUUUUAUGACAUUCAGAAAUACAGCUGGGCCUGAAAAUGGCCAAGCAGUGGCUUUUUAUUCAGCUUCCGAUUAUUCGACCAUUUAUCAGUGCAGUUUUGAGGGGUUUCAAGACACCCUUUACGUUUAUGAUGGUAGGCAAUUUUUCAGGGAAUGUCAUAUCUACGGUACAGUAGAUUUUAUAAUGGGAGAUGCUACUGUUGUGUUCCAAAGGUGCACCAUUCAUGCCAGAAAACCUCUGGGCAAUCAAAAUACAAUCACAGCUCAGAGUAGAGAUCAUUAUCUCAAAUGUAGUGGAAUGUCAUUUCACAACUGCUUUGUUGUAAUGGCUCCUGAUCUAGAACCCUUCGUAGAUUCAGUCAAGACUUACCUUGGAAGGCCAUGGAGGGCUUAUGCUCGAGUUGUAUUCUUGUCAUCAUUUCUUGAUAGGUUAAUUCACCCUCAAGGUUGGUUACGUUGGGAAUGCCGUCUAGACAAAUUGUACUAUGGGGAGUACCUAAACGAAGGCCCUGGUUCAUCAACUGAUCAAAGGGUUCGAUGGCCUGGAUACCAUGUAAUUACUGACUAUAAUGAGGCUUCAGCAUUUACCGUUAGACAAUUUAUCUCAGGAGAUUAUUGGUUGCCAGAGGCCCUAGUACCUUAUGAUCCUGACAUUUAG